AUGGCAUCACCACAACCCACCAACAUGCAUGAUCAGCCAUUGCCGGGCACACAAAACGGCCCGUAUAAAUAUCUGCGCCUGUACAUGGAUGCCAUGGUCCCCAGCGUCCCGGCUUGGCGAUUCACCCGCUUCCCAGAGCUCCCGGACGAGCUCCAAGUUAUGGUCUGGGAGAUGGCAAUGGAACUUGAGGUCAAUGAGGUCCCUCGCAUCAUCCCGGUCUCCACCUUCCUACCACCGGCCCGAGAAAUCCAUUCGGCUCGUGUCUUGGCCCAGACAUGCGUCAAGAGUCGUGAGGUCGCUCUCAGAUGUCUGGCCGACUGCAGGGUCCACGAGGAGAACCACCAGUUUUACGCGGAUACUCCCCAGGAGCUCCACUUUCUUCCCACUGAACGAGACACCCGGAACCGUCGGGCGUUCCCAUCGCGGUCAAGUCGCUCUGCUGAUGAACGCUUCAAGAGCCCCCUCCACAACCAUGUUCACAUUGAUCGCGACUACCUUCUCUUUACCGGCCAUGCCAUCGGGGUGCUGCGUAUGAGCUCGGUCGAUGCUCAGUCAUAUGUCCACGGAGUUCAAAAGGUCAUGGUCCCGGCAACUAUCUUCUGCUCACGCUUCAAUCGGUCAAUGUUUGAAAACCUUAGCAUGAGCAACAAUUUGUUGAAAACGGUCGAGGAGGUCGUCCUCCUUCUACCCAUCAGCAUGAAGGUCUUCGCUCUCCCGGCCCUGUGCAAGCCAAGUCGCUGCCCCAGCCUGUCAACCAGCGGCUUCUUGGGCCGUGUCGCCAAAGACGUUGCGCACCAUGAAAACCAGCGCUGGGCCCAAACCUCUGAGGUGCCCUACAACUUGAUUCGCUUCUGGACCGACGAGGAGAUGGAGGCGUUUGCCGCCUCGUGCUCGGACCGCGAGAAAUAUCAGCCAUGGAACCACGAUAGUUCAACCACCCACACCAGCCACACCCCCAACACUGCCGCCCCUCCAGUUCCUCCACAUCCGGCUGGCAACCAAAAUGAUGGCCACGCCCAAAGUUUGACACACGUCGAGGGUCUCCUUCAACAAACCAGUCUCAAUUCUGGGACUUUGGCGAAUGCGUCAGCUUCGAGCCUAGACAGUCCCGCCCCUUCCGUCUCAGGGGCCGACACACCCGAGUCUCUCGAUGACGGUGUCGCCGUUUUCCGCGGUCUGCAAGAAACCAACAGCUUUCUCUAUGGGAUGUUUCAGUGCUGGAAAGCCUUGCAAGUCGCCACAGAGCAAGACGAAAAGAAAAGGAAGCCUGUGCUCAGGUUCGCCCAUGUCAAGGGUACAGAGACGGACGAUGAGCUCGGGGCAGUUUUGGCUCGGUUCAACGGCAGGCGCGAGAAGAAGUUUGGGCUCGAUUGGCGGGACUACAUCCCGGCUCGGUCGGCUGAGGAGAUUCGAUCGGAUGUUUUGCGGGGGGAGUCGCCGCUCACUAAUGUGAAGAUGAGCCAGCGGUAUUCGGAUACGGGGGAGGCUGAGGUGGAGUCGUUGUCGAAUAAUACGGCCGUGGGGGCUGCGGGGGCUGAGACGACGAUAUCUGAGCCUUGGCCGACAGCAUCCGGAGACCAGCAGUGGACAUCCGCUGAGGAUGAUUGGCUUGAUGGAUGGUGA